UUCUCCGGUGAGAGUUUGACCGGAGUCAUGUCUCAGUACUGUACAUGGUAGAGAGAGGAUACUGUCUGUUGUAACGUGGAUAAAUAAUGGUACGGUACGGACAUUUAUUCAUUAUGGUACUCGCUUCCGCUUUAUUGGGAAAUCUUGAACAGCCAGGCGUCACUGUCGGGAGCAGGAACAAAGUGUGCUAGACCUAGUCUAUUGCGGCAUUAACACGAGUGCUUAUUUCGCGGAAUAUUUCGUAAUUGUCUACUGUAUUACGGGCAAACACCAAAGGGAGUUGUUAGACGUAUUGAAAUGACAGAGCACAUGACUGUGGGAGAGGAGUAAAAGUUUUCUCUCGGACCCAGAGCACCUGACCCCCCCCCCCCUCCUCCCUCACAGCGCUCCCCACCGCCGGCAUGACCCUCGGCGCGGUGUCCGGAUCCGAGAGCUCGUCGGCGGUCAGCUUCUGCUCCUGCUGCGGGGCCAAGAUGGUGCCCUACUACAGCGACGACGCGGUGGUGUCAAAAAAUCAGAUCAACCAGCUGUAAGUUUAAAAGUAUCAGUGAGAGUUUCCUCACCGUAAAAGGUGCAGCCCUGUUCCUUCCCCGAGGAAAUAGUCCCACACCUAACUCUGCACCUCUCAUCAGCCAGCGCAGGAACAAGCACACAGAUGUAUUCAGAGAUCAGGUUGAAUGUAGGCCAAACUGAAAAAGACUCCAAUGUGAAUGGACUAGAAAUUUGCUACAGGGUGACCUCCAGAAACAUCUUCAGACCAUGUUCACUGUGCUACGGCCGGAGGAUACCAUCCGACUGGCUGUGCGUCUGGAGAGCGCCUUCCCUCAGGUAACCCGCUACAUGGUGGUGGUCUCCACCAAUGGUAGACAGGACACGGAGGAGAGCAUCGUGCUAGGCAUGGACUUUGUCUCCUCUGAUAGCUGCUGUUCCGUGGGUCUGGUUCUACCUCUGUGGAGUGACACUUUGAUCCACUUGGAUGGAGACGGUGGUUUCAGUGUGUCGACGGUGAACAGGGUUCAUGUUUUCAAGCCAGUUUCUGUACAGGCCAUGUGGUCAGCCCUCCAGUCGCUCCACAAAGCGUGCGAGGUGGCCCGCUGUCAUAACUACUACCCGGGCAGCCUGUUCCUGACCUGGGUCAGCUACUACCAGAGCAGGGUCGCCUCUAACCAGUUCUGCGUCAAUGAGUGGAACGCCAUGCAAGACGUUGAGUCGCACCGUGCCAAUUCACCCGUUCUCUUCACAGACUUGCCCACAGAGAGGGAGCGCACAGAAAGGCUGAUCAAGAUGCGCCUCAGAGAGAUCAUGAUGCAGAAAGACCUGGAGAACGUCACCUGUAAGGAGAUCCGAACAGAGCUGGAGAUGCAGAUGGUGUGUAACCUGAGGGAGUUCAAGGAGUUCAUAGACAACGAGAUGAUAGUCAUCCUGGGACAGAUGGACAGCCCCACUGAAAUCUUUGAACACGUCUAUCUGGGCUCUGAGUGGAAUGCCUCUAACCUGGAGGAGCUGCAGAACAGCGGAGUGCACUACAUCCUGAACGUGACCAGGGAGAUAGACAACUUCUUCCCCGGGAUGUUUGAGUACCACAACAUCAGAGUGUACGACGAAGAGGCCACCAACUUGCUGGAGUACUGGAACGAGACCUACAAGUUCAUCACCAAAGCCAAGAAAGCUGGUGCUAAGUGUCUGGUUCACUGUAAAAUGGGUGUGAGUCGUUCCGCCUCCACAGUGAUCGCCUACGCCAUGAAGGAGUACGGCUGGGACUUGGACACUGCCUUUGACUAUGUUAAAGAGAGACGGGCGGUCACCAAACCAAACCCUUCCUUCAUGAAACAGCUGGAGGAGUAUCAGGGAAUUCUGCUGGCCAGCAAACAAAGGCAUAAUAAGCUAUGGCGCUCACACUCUGACAGUGACCUAUCAGAUCGCCCAGAGUGGAUGUGUAAACCUCAGUCUCACUCUCUGGGCCGCUCCAACUCUCAGAACAACAAUACUUCCUCCCCCUCCUUACAUCACUUCCUGGGCGCGGCCGUGCUGCAAGCGCUUGGUGCUGAACCCAAAGACUCUGCCAAAUCAAACGCCACGCACACCUCUGACUCCCACACAGACUCCAACGGUGUGCGUGACUCACCAGGUCAGGAGGAGGUCAGAUCAGAUUGUGGAUACCCUCCCCUGCUUCCCCUCCCCAGACCCCGAGCAGCCACGGUAGUCCCAGAGGAAGGACUGGACAAUUCAUCGAGUGUGGCUGUCACUGUGCCUGUUGCUCUACCCCACCCUCCACCAUCACUCCACAUCGUACCCCCCACUCCUGAACUGCAGCGUGCUCACCGGUGUCCUCCCACACAUCUGUCCAUUUCAGUGCCCAAACACAAACCGGUGGAACUGUCCCUCAAUUUGCCUGAGCGAAGCAGCUCAGAAGAAAUCUCUCCUCUCACUCUGGGAUCCACUGACUCAGACGUAACAGACCAAUCAUUAUCUGAUUCAACGAGUGACAAACACAGCCCCCUCAGCCCUGCUAACAUCACUCCCCUCCCCCUGGUUCUUCCCCUUGCUGCUAGUGAUGACAACAACAACCCCAGCGAGUUACAGAUAGGCAGCGCCUUGGACGGCCGCAGCGAGGCCGAUGGGUCGUCCAUCCACAGCGCAGACAGCAUCGACUUCUUCAGCGCCAGGGAAAAGUUUCUGGGCCUUGCCCAGGAUGGAACGUCCCGGACACUUUCUGAGCAGGCACAACAAAGGACAACUCUGUCCCUCGAGGAAAACAGAGAAACUGAGGCUAAGGAUGAAGAGGAGCAGCGAAAUGGGACUAGUCAGGUGUCUCCACAGUCUGAAGACAGCGUGGACAAAGCCAGCCCUGACCGACCUCAUCACCCUUAUCAUGACAACGGAGUAUCAGUCCGCCAUAUUGUUACAGAGAUUGAAGCCAUAUGCCACCCUGCCUCCUGCCUCCCUACCCCAUCCUCCUCCUCUUCCUCUUCAUCGCUCCCUCCAUCCUCCCACAGUCCUCCGCUAAUCCGACCAGAACAUCUGAUGGAGGCAGAGGCUUCUGAAGUCACGUACGGCUCUCUAACUCCACCUUCCCGCCCGCAGUCUCCCUCCAUGCUGCCGUGCGAUUGGCCCGCAGGCUCGGUGCGGCGAGCCACAAAGCAGCUGGAGCAGAAGCUGAGGCAGGACAUGGAGAAGGCUGCGUCUCAGCGAUCCCCGGUGCACUCCCCCAGCGCUGAACACCCUCCUGUCAGACUGUCCCUGUGUCCCCUGAGCACUGAACAGCCUCCCCUUCGCUUCCCUCAGGACUGCACAGAACAAAGGAUCACUCAGGGAGAGAUCACGGCUGGAUCUGCUAAGUCUAAAGAUAGAGAAAAGCACAUAGGGUCACAAACAGAGCUCAACUCCUCAGGCACGGCCCACCUCCCAGACCCUUCAUGCUCCCCCAAAUCAAAUAUCAGCCAAGUCUCUGGUGCUAUUCCUAUCAUUGUGCCCACAUCCAUAGAUAGCCAUAUGCUGAGAUCACCACUAGCCUCUACUAGUCCGUUAGAAGACUUAUCUCUAGAUACCUCAGCCCAGUCCCAAAGACAGAGCCAGCUCCACAGCCAAAGCCAGCAACAUCUGACCCAGCCUCAGGGCUGUUCACACCAAAUGACUCUGGAUGGGGUGACAGUGCAGGAGUCAGACACAGAUGUGAGGCUGGAAUCCUGUCCCCAGGGCGAGCGGGGGGGCUGUGGUCCCGGCUGUGACGCCGAGAGCAGGCUGGCUCAUGGCAGCCAGGAGCUGGAGAGGAUUCAGCAGACACUAAGAGAGCUGCAGGCUUUCCUCCAUGAGGGCGCCUGCCUGGAGACGCCAGACAGCAAAGAUCAUGAACUGGGGCAGCCUCAGGGCCUGAGAGACACAGUUAUGGACACAGAGCCAGGACCUUGUAAAGGGGGAGGUUCUGAACAAACCCCUCCAGGCCUGGAAGUAGGGCAGCGGCUCCGAGAGAGACAAGAGGGGAAGAGUUUUCUGGAGCCAAUAGUGUGGCACAGGGCCAUGGAGCUCGAGGCUCGUAUCCGCCAGGCGGGCCUCACCCCUCCUUCUCUCAUGAAGAGGUCGGCCUCCUUAGCUAAACUGGACUGUCUGGAGCUCUCAGCCAAUGACCUCAGCGACUUAGAUCUGAGGCCACACACCAGGACGACAUCAUCGCACUCCCAGGACUCUUUCUCUUUGUCGACAUCUCACCCCGACGACACCUGGAAAAAGCAGAAGGUGUUGGCUCGAAGCGGUUGCGUUGAGAAGACAGGAAUGUCCCGUGGCGGCAGGGAUCUCGACGAGUUAUCGUCGUCCCCGUCCCUUGGCUUCUCCUCUGCCCCUCAUCGUUUUCCAAAAGAGGACCCAGGCGAGAGGGAGGAGCCAGAAGGCAGCGGGAGCGGCGCGGUCGCUACAACGCGUCAGCAGGGGAGGGGACACUCAUCGAGACGGUCUCACAAAGGCUCUGCUGAGAAAAAGCAGCGAGCUGUCACUGUGCUAUACAAUACCAUGUAACCUCAGUGCAAUGGACUGGAACGGACACGACUGGAGCUGUGCAGAUGUGCGCGAGCGGCUGCAUGACGUGUAUGAAUGUGUAGCAGGUAAACCGGAGAGCUUGUGUGACCUCCGAUGUAUGUUUAGUAUGUAAGAAUUAAAUGACGAACAUACGUUUGCAUGUAAACCACUGGAUGUGUUGUUUCAACUGGAGUUCAGGUUUGUAUGUACAGUAAUGGAAUAUGAAUGUCCAAAUUAAGACCGAACCAGUGAAUACUGUAUGCACUCCAUUAUGUCUGUUUCCAUUUUUUUAAGAAGCAUUUGUUUUCAGUGUUUGACUCUCUCUGCCUGAUCGCAGUUUCUAAAACUACGAGAGGGGCUUUUUCUCCAAAAAUGCACUUUACUGUUUUGAUGAUUUUCUUUUAUUUGAAAUCUGUUUCUUACCCCAGAGAUGAUUUUUUUUUUUUUGCACUGAUAUCAGUCGUCUCUGUAUGCGUGUUUUUGUUUUCAAAGUGGACAGACAUGUCUUUAUUUAGAUUUUUAAUUCAACCAGGAUAAAGCUGAUAUGUUGUUUUUUUAAUUAAAAGCUUUAGCAGUAAAUACAUGUGAUGAGUUUGUUUUGACUGCUGUGACUGUGUACAUUGUUUUGUGUUCAGGUGUGCUUCACCUCACACAUGGGUGCUUGUACCCAUUUAAAGAGAAGAAUCGAGGGUACUGAGCUACAGAUGCUGACAUUUUUACCAAAUGUAAAAUUCAACUUUACUGCCCCCUGCUGGCCAGGCAGAGAACUACAGUUUUAAACCUGUCUUGCAGCACGAGAGAAGGUGUGAAAGAAUGUGUAUAUGUGGAGAAAGUGUGUAGUUACAGGAGUAACCUUCUUGGAAGUAAAGAUGUAAAAUUACUGGAAGCUC